AUGGAGUCGGAGUCCUGCGCCACUGAAUCGGACUCGGACACGGUGACAAACAAGUGGGCGAUUGAUUCACAGGACAGUGAUCUGAAGGAGCUGGAGGGUCACAAUGGUGUUUGGCUGACUGCCGGCAUCAUUGUGGCCGAUGUCGUUGGUGCGGGUAUUUUGGCCAUGCCCCUGGCUAUGGCCAAGCUGGGGUUGGUGCCUGGAACAAUCACUCUAGUGGUGUUGCUGCUCGCGAACGUGCACAUCUCCAUCCUGAUGUGGCGGGUCAGGAUGUUCUGCCCGACCUGCAUCCGCUCCGUGACUUUCACUGAGUUGGUGCGGGAUUGCUUCGCAGAAGCUCCCGCCUGGCAGCGACACCUGAUGGUAAUCCUCACCGCAAUUUGCCAGAAAAGCUUCCUCUUUGGCCUCCUUGCGGUCUAUUUGAUGAGUGGGGCCAAGGGCCUUGGCAUGAUUCUACACGACGUCAAGCUUUGCUUGCCAGUGUGGGCAGUGCUGGCAGCUCUGCUGCUACUUCCGUUUGCGGGAACUGCUCGACACAUGGGCUCAUGGCAGUCUCUAGUUUGGUUGAACGUCAUCACGCUUUGCGGCACUGUGAUGAUCCCACUGGGAUACUAUGGCAUCGUUGGCGUGAGUGGCAUUCGUCUUCCAGGAAGCGAAGUCGAAGUCUUCGUCGAUCCAACGUUUAACGACAUCUUGAGCGCUUUGUCAACUUUUACCUUCGGAAUGACCUCACAGUUCAUGCUGAUGGAGAUCAUAUCUGAGAUGAAAGUUCCCAUGCAUUUGCCCAAAGCCUAUGCAGCCAUCUCCGCCCCCUUCCAACUGUCCAUGUUUGCCAUCGCCGGGAUCGGUGGCUACAUGUUCAUGGGCAGCAAGGUCUCUGGCAUGAUGAAUGAGAACUUGCCCUUCGGGUUGCCGUUUCAAAUCGCAGCGGGAUGCAUGGCAGCCCACAUGCUGAUCUCCUACCUCAUCAAAGGUGUGGUCUUCUGCAAAUCCAUCCAUCGCGUUGUGGAUCGAGAAUUCGCAUCGGCCAGCGACACCAGAACGCGCUCUUGGAUUGGUUGGACGACGACGGUAGUGGCGGUGCUUUGCAUCUGCUGGCUUUUGGCAAACCUGGUGCCCUUCUUCUCUGAUGCCGUGGACCUGCUGGGUGCCUCUGUGACACCGAUCUCCUGCUGGCUGAUACCGACAGCUCUGUACAUCAGGUUCUACUGGGAUUAUCCACACUUGCGAUCCUCAGGUCACCCCUGGUUGACCAUCCUGGAGUGGAUUGUCAUAGGUGCCGAGAUAAGCAUGGCACUGAUUCUGACUGUCUUUGGGACAGUAGCCGCCGUGGACAAAAUCGUGCAGGAUUGGCACACCUUCGGCUUGCCCUUCAGCUGCCACUGCCAAGGUCUCUGGAGCACUUGUGCUUGCUCAGCAGAUCAUGUGGGGAUGACAGAUGUUUGCAGCGCCUGA